CCUAACGACGGCUGGACGCCUGGCUGCCCCUCCACAAAUUUCACUUCGCGUCCUGCGGCUCGACGCGUCGACUAACCUCCAGCCCAAUCCCACGACGACCUCAUGUCAGCAGCUACAACUCGGGUUGAUUAUACAUGCGGCAACAAUGCCUAGAGAAAUCAUCACAAUCCAAGCUGGCCAAUGUGGCAACAGCAUUGGCAGUCAAUUCUGGCAGCAGCUUUGUCAGGAACACGGAAUCAGCCAAGAUGGCAACCUCGAGGAUUUCGCGACUGAGGGCGGUGACAGGAAAGACGUCUUCUACUACCAGAGCGAUGACACCCGCUAUAUUCCUCGAGCAAUCCUGAUCGACCUCGAACCUCGUGUCAUCCAUGGGAUCCAGACAGGACCCUACAAGAAUAUCUACAACCCGGAAAACUUCUACGUUGGCAAGAACGGCGUUGGAGCCGCAAAUAACUGGGGUGAUGGCUACCAGACUGGCGAGUCACUCCACGAGGACAUAAUGGAGAUGAUUGAUCGGGAAGCGGAUGGGAGUGAUUCACUAGAGGGAUUCAUGAUGCUUCAUUCCAUUGCCGGCGGCACAGGCUCUGGCCUCGGAUCUUUCCUGCUGGAGAGGUUGAACGACCGAUUUCCGAAGAAGAUUAUCCAGACAUACUCCGUCUUCCCCGACACCACCAACGCCGGAGACGUCGUUGUUCACCCUUAUAACAGUUUGCUGUCCAUGAGGAGGCUAACCCAGAAUGCGGACUCGGUCGUCGUCCUCGACAAUGGGGCGUUGUCACAUAUAGCGGCGGAUCGGCUGCAUGUCCAGGAACCUUCCUUCCAGCAAACGAACCAGCUAGUAUCCACAGUCAUGUCGGCCAGCACCACGACCCUCCGAUACCCGGGCUACAUGCACAACGACCUCGUCAGCAUCCUUGCAGCGCUGAUCCCCACUCCGCGAUGCCACUUCCUCAUGACCUCGUACACACCCUUCACCGGCGACCAAGUGGAACAGGCAAAGACGGUCCGCAAGACGACGGUGCUGGACGUCAUGCGGCGGCUUCUCCAGCCCAAGAACCGCAUGGUGUCGACGGUUCCGGGGAAGAAGAGCUGCUACAUCUCCAUCCUGAACGUCAUCCAGGGCGAGGUCGACCCGACGGAUGUGCACAAGAGUCUCCUCCGCAUCCGGGAGCGGCGGCUCGCCUCCUUUAUCCCCUGGGGCCCUGCCAGCAUCCAGGUGGCGCUGACUAAGCGGAGCCCGUAUAUCCCCAUGAGCCAUCGCGUUAGCGGGUUGAUGCUGGCUAACCAUACGAGUAUCGCUACUUUGUUCAAGAGGAUCGUCAAACAGUACGACGGUAUGAGGAAGAGAAAUGCCUUCAUGGAAGGGUACAAGAAGACGGCGCCCUUCGCUGAUAACCUGAACGAGUUUGACGAGGCACGAGAGGUCGUCACGGACCUAAUUUCCGAGUACGAGGCUGCCGAGAACGCAGACUACCUGAACCCGGAUUUGGGUGACAAGGCGACGUUGGCGGAGACGGACAAGCGAGUCGGUUGAGGUGAUCACUCCGCUGUAUGAUGCUGGCGAAUAAGGGAGUGUUGGGAGUUUACGACUUGGGUUUCGCACGAGAUAUUCGGUUUAAGAGUGGGAUACGCAUGUCAUUUCUGGCGUUUGUGGACCGCCGUCAGUCAACGGUUUGGGAUAUUAUAGCCCGGGCGGGCGGGCAGCCUGACGAGGCUCUCGAUCCUGCUGGCAUUUUACGAUGGAAGAUAUGCGAUGAUACUUGAUAUCCAGCAAUUUUAAGCCCCUUCAAACAAGAGCUUGCCUCGAUUUCGACCGCGCUCGCAAAUGCCAGUGGCCGAAAAUUGUAUCGCCCAGGGCUUCAAGUCCAUUCCUACGAGAGAGAAGGGCAGUAUUCGUGGGUUUGCAGGAUGAUUUGAAGUACUUCGAGUUGUAUUGGAGGGUGCUACCGCUUCGGCCAUCUUUCUUAAGAGCUGCCACCAUCCGUGGCUAUCUUGUGUAAAUCGCCAUUAUCAGAGUACAAUGUUUUGCCG